GGUAUCGAGACCGAAGAAGACGCCGAAGGUGAUGACGGUCGAAGAUUUGGUGGAUUCUGGGAAGAUCCCUGAGGAGUCCGCAGAGAGGUACGAGGCGCUGUCCGGCGCGGAGAUAUCGGAGCUCCAGGAGAUGGCGGAGUCGCUCGAGCUGCCAAGCGAUGGCACACCGCAGCAGCUUGCCUUCCGGAUUGUCCGCUGCUUGGCUGGCCUGCCCCCGGCCAGCGAUGCUGCACUCGGUAAGACGCCGAAGGCGCCCGCCCGAAAGGCAGCCGCAGCGAAGCCGAAGCUUCGUGCAGG